AUGGCUCUUGCACGCUUCCUCUGGUCACAGGCUUCUACGAUUUCUCGAGUUCUACGACACCUUCCGGUGAUAUCGACAUCACCUGAGCCAACACCUGACGAGAUCGCACAGUUCACCCCAGCGGACGCCGAUUCCAUCAACAAAGGUGUCUUCAAUCCGGACAGAUCUUGGAUUCCACCCAAUUUUGACCACCAUGUGUAUGAUUGUCUUUAUGUCGAUGUUGCCAAGACACUGAGACAGACAAUAGCCUCCAGUGUUCUGGCUCUCUACUUGAUCCUUGGCUUCCCAGAUGCUUCAAAAGGGAUUGGAGAUUGCGUGUCUUGGGAAAAGUUCACCACUACUUUCUCUACCAUCGACACUGCCUUGGCUGGCUGA